AUGGCCAUUAUUUGGUUACAAAAACUCAUUUCUGUCGUCUUUUUCUGCUUCUUAACUACGCUUGCAGUUGAAGAAACUACUUCCCAUGAUGAUCAAUGCAAGGAAUCAAGUUGUGAUGGUAUUCAUGGACCAUCCAUAAGAUUCCCAUUCAGUCUCAAAGGAAAGCAACCAGAGUGGUGUGGCUAUGACAAUUCAUGGUUUGAGCUAUAUUGCUCUGACACCAACCAAACUGUGUUGGAACUACCCUUCUCUACUAAAACCAUCAUCAAAACCAUAAAUUACACUUCACAACAUUUAACAGUGUCUUAUCCUGAGCUCUGCCUUAACAAACAGAUUCCUAAUUUCAAUAUAUCCUCAUCUCCUUUUCAGUUCAACUCUGAGUUUGGACUCAGCGAAUAUGCUCUAUUCAACUGUUCAGGGAGGAAUCGCCGAAACACAGAUGACAAUAAUCAUGAUAUAAUAACAUCCGGAAACUUUUCUUGCCUCAACUUGCCAGGAUUUGAAGUUAUAGCAGUGGAUUCCGAAUCAUCAAUAAUCUGGAUACCUUUGUUGUCCUGUACUAGAAUCCAAAACCUUGUAAUGUUACCUAAUUCAUUGUUUAACCACAAUGUUGAUGUUGGUCUCAAUUGGAUCCAACCAGAUUGCAGAAACUGUGAAGAAAACGGUGGGCAAUGCAAGGCCAACAGAAACCCAUCUCAACCCGAAUUUGAAUGCAGAGGUAUCAAUAAAGGUUCCUCAAAAGGAAAAGUGAUUGCUGGUGGAAUCCUAGGCCCAUUUUCUCUGAUAUUUGUUGGAGUUGCAACUUAUUGUAUCUAUGUAACUUACAUUGAAAGGAAGAAUUACAUAAGGAUCAAAAAGUUUUUGAAGGACUAUAAAGCUCUUAAGCCUGCUAGAUAUACUUACGCCGAUAUAAAAAGAAUUACAAAUCAUUUUAAGGAAGAGCUGGGGCAGGGAGCUUUUGGAUCUGUCUUCAAAGGAAAGCUAUCAAACGAAGUUCAUGUAGCUGUUAAGGUCCUAAACACUUCAACAGGAAAUGGCCAAGAGUUCAUCAAUGAGAUGGAAGCAAUGUGUCAGAUUCACCACAUCAACGUGGCUCGCUUGGUUGGCUUUUGUGCAGACGGAAACAAACGAGCUUUGGUGUAUGAAUUCUUACCGAAAGGUUCGUUGCAGAAAUUCAUAUCAUCUGCAGACACUAAGGAUAUCUUUUUAGGUUGGGAAAGACUACAAAACAUUUCUGUCGGUAUAGCUAAGGGAAUUGAGUAUCUUCACCAAGGUUGUGAUAAACGAAUUCUACAUUUUGAUAUCAAACCCCAUAAUGUAUUGCUAGACGAUAAUUUCACACCUAAAAUUUCUGAUUUUGGUUUGGCCAAACUUUGUUCAAAGGAAAGAAGUAUUGUGUCAAUGACCACGGCUAGGGGAACUUUGGGCUACAUUGCGCCAGAGGUAUUUUCUAGAAACUUUGGCAAUGUUUCCUAUAAGUCAGAUGUUUAUAGUUUUGGGAUGGUGCUUCUUGAAAUGGUUGGGGGAAGGAAAAUAACCGAUGACACUGAAGAAAAUAGCAGUCAUGUUCACUAUCCACAAUGGAUUUAUAAUCUUUUAGAGAAUGAGGAAGAUAUAAAAAUUCAUAUAGAAGGAGAAGAAGACGCUAGAAUUGCAAAGAAGCUAUCAGUUGUGGGACUUUGGUGCAUUCAGUGGCACCCAGCGAAUCGUCCAUCCAUGAAGGCUGUGGUUCAAAUGCUGGAAGGAAAUGGUGAGAAGUUAGAGAUGCCGCCUAAUCCUUUUGCGUCUGCGUCUGCAACUAGAACAAAUGCUGCUAGGCGAAUGAACAUGGAACUAGAUGUCAUCUCAGAAAUAGAGUGA